GGACGUCUCACAUGUUGUUUUAUUGCUCAACUAAUUUCAUUUAGUUUUUUACGUUCCCAAAUUCUAAAUGGACCUGAAAACGUACAAGAAAAUUCAUCCGGUAAAAUAUUACAAGGAUUACCUCGAGCAUAACAUCAGACCGGAUGGGCGCGAGAUUGGUGAUCUCCGUCCGCUGGCAAUCAACUUUGGUUCAAUAAAAACGGCCGAUGGAUCUGCCAUUGUGAAAAUUGGAAACACUACGGUAGUGUGUGGAAUCAAGGCAGAACUGGCUCCUCCGAAACCGGUCGAACCGGAAACGGGUUAUCUGAUCCCGAACAUCGAAAUAUCUCCACUGUCUUCACCAAAAUAUCGCCCCGGUCCACCAAGCGAAGAGGCUCAAGUUUACAGUUGCUCGUUGGCCGAUUCUAUUCUGAAUUCGGGAUGCGUUAACCUGAAGGAUCUUUGUAUUACAAAGGAGCAGCUCGUCUGGGCACUGUAUUGCGAUUUGAUAUGUUUGGAUCACGACGGGUGCGUGUUUGAUGCUUCGGUGAUAGCUUUGGUAGCUGCUUUGCAUACGCUCCGAUUGCCACAGGUCAAACAUAAUCCGGAUACUGACGAACGCGAAGUGUACGAAGACGGUGAACGGAUUCCACUCAAGCUUAGCUCGAUUCCGGUGACGACGUCGUUUGCGGUGUUCUGUGGGCGGAUCAUUGCCGACCCAACGGCAGAGGAGGAAUCGCUCGCCACAUCUACCAUAACGAUUACGAUUUGCGAUGCGGCAUUGAGCUACAUCAACAAAAGUGGCGGCGACCCACUGGAGCAGGAACUGCUGGACAAGUGCAUCGAGAAUGCAAUAAAACGGGAAAAGUCGGUACGGGCUCUGAUACGGAAGAUGGUGAAGAAUAAAGCGUAGGGUGUGCAAUUCA